AUGGCGGCACGCAACACAAAUGGCGAGGUCGAGAAGAUCGAGCCUGUGAAACCAACACGAAUCCCUUACUGGCGUAUGGUCUUUGACCAGGCCGGUGUUACACCCGAAGUUGUCAACUACCCUUACCCCGGGUCCGGGACGGAGGAAGAUCCGUACGUCAUCCAAUGGAUCCCCAACGACCCUCGCAAUCCCAUGCUCUUCGGACCGGUGAAGAAAUGGUUUAUCACGAUGCUCGUGGCGAUCGCCACAUUGGCCGUGGCUCUCGUAUCGUCGGCGUAUACGGGUGGUAUUAUUGAGAUCAUGGAGCAGUUCCGGAUUGGACAAGAGGUCGCGACUCUGGGUGUCUCGCUGUUCGUCCUGGGUUUUGCUAUCGGCCCCCUUCUGUGGGCGCCUUUGAGUGAGCUCUGGGGACGACAGCUGCUCUUUGUUGGGACAUACUGUGCGCUCACGGCGUUCAACGCGGGUAGCGCCGGCGCCCAGAAUUCGUGGACUCUGAUUAUCCUCCGUUUCUUUGCUGGUGCCUUUGGGUCUUCCCCCCUAACAAAUGCGGGUGGCGUGAUCGCAGACAUGUUCCCUGCCUCUCAGCGCGGUUUGGCCAUGAGUCUCUUCGCCGCCGCACCCUUCCUGGGUCCUGUCCUGGGUCCGAUCAUCGGUGGAUUCCUCGGGAUGAAUGCGGGAUGGAGAUGGGUGAUGGGCUUCCUGGCUGCUUUCUCCGGUGCGCUCUGGAUCGCUGGCGGUCUCCUGGUUCCCGAGACAUACGCGCCCGUUCUGCUCCGCCGGCGCGCUGCGAAGCUGUCGAAGAUGACGGGCAAGGUAUACCGGAGCAAACUCGAUGCCGACCGCGGCAAGGUCUCUCUUAAAGAGGCGUUCGCCACCGCCUUGUCGCGCCCGUGGAUCCUGCUGUUGAGAGAGCCCAUCGUCUUCCUGCUUUCCAUCUAUAUGGCCAUUGUUUACGGAACGCUCUACAUGCUCUUUGCGGCCUUUCCCAUCGUUUACGAAGUCCACCGUGGCUGGAACCAGGGUGUCAGCGGUUUGUCAUUCCUGGGAAUCAUGGUUGGCAUGCUGCUUGCAAUUGCCUACACGAUUCCCGACAAUAAACGCUAUAUCAGGUUGGAACAGGCACAUGGGGGCUUCGCGCCUCCGGAGACUCGCUUGCCCCCAUGCUUGAUCGGAAGCGUUUGCCUCCCUAUUGGUCUCUUCUGGUUUGCCUGGACAAACUAUCCCUCCAUCCACUGGAUGGCCAGUAUUGCCGCUGGUGUUCCCUUUGGAUUUGGCAUGGUUCUGGUCUUCCUGAGUGUGAUGAACUAUCUGAUUGACUCCUACACCAUCUUUGCGGCCUCCGUCCUGGCCGCCAACUCCGUCCUCCGGUCGCUUUUUGGUGCCGCUUUCCCCUUGUUCACUACCUAUAUGUACAACAACUUGGGCAUUCACUGGGCGUCGUCCAUCCCGGCAUUUUUGGCGCUCGCCUGCGUCCCAUUUCCGUUUCUCUUCUACAAGUACGGUAAAAGCAUCCGUGAGCGUUGCAAGUUCGCCGGCGAGUCGGCCGCUUUCAUCCGGAAGCUGCAACAGCGAAACGAGCCCCAACCUGAGCCCGAGGAAGAGAGGAAGGAGGAAGAGGAGGAGGGAGUCUUCGACCGCACAGAAGCGCCGCCGCCUCAUCGUAUCAGCGCUGAUUCGAGCGACUCUGACGUGGACGAGCUGCCGAGAACGCAACGGACGCAUUCUGUUGCGUCCACUCGGACAGGCACUACCAUGUCCCGCGUCAAGACUGAAUACGACGGAAACCCAUACGACAUCGACCGUGUCAACACACGGCAGUCAGAUUUCAGCCUGCGGAAGUAG